AGGCGCCAGAAGCGCGGGUUUCGCGGCUUCACCCGCGGUUCCCGGGACAGACAGACAGACAGAGGCAGACAGAGACAGAGUGGGCACCGGGGAGACAGGAGACCGGGGUAGACUGAGGAUCGGUGGAGACAGGAGAGGGGGGGAGACCGGUGUUGACAGGGGGUAGACCGAGGGUGAUAGACAGAGGGGGGAGACGGGGAGACAGAGGGGGGAGACGGGGAGACAGAGGGUACCGCUCUCCAAGCGCCGACACAUGCAGCCGAUCUUAUCGCUGACCUCUAGAGCAGCCUCCACACUGACACCGCUCUCACUCCCAGCUUAAGAUGGAGUGUUUGAAAUUAAGGGAUCUUUUGAGUUUACGAAAAGGAAAGUGUGAUAUAGCUCCACACUCUCUGAACGAUGAAGUGCAAAAUGUGCAAAAGGAGAACAGGUUCAGGGGGUCGCCCAGGACCCCGGUGAAAUCGGAGUUGGUGCCGGGCGGCGUUCCCAGACGCAAGUGUUGUACCCCGGAUCGGAUUCAGCUGACGCCCAGCAAGCCACUGGACAAGCCGUCGCCCGAGCCCUGGUCCCCCACAGCCAACCUGCGGAUGCUGAUCAGCGCCGCCAGUCCCGACAUCCGCGACCGGGAGAAGAAGAAGGAGCUCUUCAGGCAGAUUGAGAACGAGAAGGUCCCACCGGCUGCCGACGUUAUUCAGCUCACGGCAGCAGCAGCAGCAGCCGCCGCCCAGGAGGGAGCGCCCGACGAGUUUGAGCAUCAGCGGCCCAGCAGGAAGCAGAAGAGCCUGGGGCUGCUGUGCCAGAAGUUCCUGGCCCGCUACCCCGACUACCCGCUGCCCACCGAGAAGACGGACAUCUCCCUGGACGAGGUGGCGGCCGAGCUCGGAGUGGAGCGACGGCGUAUCUAUGACAUCGUCAAUGUGCUGGAGUCUCUGCAGCUGGUGAGCCGUGUGGCCAAGAACCAGUACUGGUGGCACGGGCUGCCCGGCCUCGCCCUCACCCUCGGCAUCCUCGGGAGGAGGGGGGAACAGCUGGGCUACGCCCAACAACUGGCACAGCUGCAGCGGCAGCUGGAUGGCAAGGAGGAGGAGGAGGGGAGAGACGUGGGCCAGGUACUGGGCACUGGGCCCCAACCAGCCUCUCCCAACACCAGGAGCAAAGCAGUGUGCAUGAACAGCAGGAAGGACAAGUCUCUGCGCAUCAUGAGCGAGAAGUUUGUGAUGCUCUUCCUUGUGGCCGAGCCCAGGACGAUCGCCCUCGAUGCUGCGGCCAAAAUCCUCAUCGAGGACGGGCAGCCCGAGAGCGCGGACAACAGCAAGUUCAAGACCAAGAUCCGGCGGCUGUACGACAUCGCCAACGUACUGACCAGCCUGGGACUCAUCAAGAAGGUUCACGUCAACGAGAGGGGCCGCAAGCCGGCGUUCAAGUGGGUCGGACCCGUCACCCCGGGCAGGCCUGACGGGACAGUGGAUGCAGAAGAUCCAUGCGGAAAAAUGGCGCAGCUGGCCGCUGCAUGCAGGCUCCAGUUCGAAGAAGACUGCAAAGACUUGGAAUGUGGUCGGGAGGAUGGAAGUGUGCGGCAGGAGGUUGCUCCUAUGGUGGACACUCCUGCGGCCGGCUCCCGCGCCGAGCCCGUCGCUCAGACUGACCACCGGUCGACCGCCUGCCUCCACGGCGACGGGAACGAUGGCGGCGUUCCCCCACCGGGCACCGGCUCGGACGAAGGCUUCUCCGGUUUCCACGGCAGCCAGCCCUUAGUGCUGCUACAGGGCCUGCCCUCCGCCCCCCUGCUGCUGAUGUACGGCAAAGUGGACCCCAACGCGCUGCCCCGACCCUCCGACCCGGGAGAGACGACCCCGCUCGCAACCGGGAAGCGGACGGACGGGGAUCUCCGCAAGCGCCGUCUCGCGGAACGAACGCCGCUUCCACACGUGCAAGAGGAGGAAGACCGGCCCAGAGCAAAACGCCACAGAGCUCUGUGUUCCUCUGAGUGUGACUUUGCCCACAUCUAUACAUCAGCACUCUCUGCAGACAAGACCCUGCUGUCGGGCAUUCCAACCCCCACCUACAUCACCGCCAACACUCAGAUGGGACAACCCCACACCGGCCCCUGCCUCCACGCUGCCUCCGGUCUGAGUGAUUUGAACUUGCUUCUAGCAGCUGCCCACGGCCAGGAGCGGUUCACCAUCCCCCUCGGGCACCUGGGCCCGACCAGCCUCCCCUACCAGGUGAUGGUGCCCGUCUUCUGCCAGGCCCUGCCCUCCACCGUGUCUGCCGGCAGCUCCCUCCACCUGGGCCUCCUCCCCGCCGCCCAGCUCCUGAUGGGCCGACUUCCUUCCUCUCCUCCGGCCAGCCCUGCCGCCGGAUCCUCCUCGCCGGAGCGCCACGCUCUCUCCACCGCGCUUGGCUCCCGGGAAAGCCCUCCGUCCGAGCCGGACCACCCUGUCCUUCAACCUAUUGCAAUCAUCAAGUUGCAACACCAGCCUGCGGCGGACGUGGUACGCAAGGACGUUCAGCGGCCGUACGUGGAGACCUACUUCCACACGCCUGUCCCUGCAGCUCAGCGCAGACAGCUGGAACGAGUGCAGAUCAAAACUGCAUCGCCUGCCCAACGCAAGCUGGAUAUCGAGACCGGCAUCGGCAAGUGAAUUCACCCACUCCCCCACCUGCCCAUGCCGGGGUGUCACCCCCCCCCCCCCCCCCCCCCCCCUCCCCCCAGUGGAACAUGAACUGGUGCCGACAAUCCCACCCGUGUCAGGGUCAGCAGCUCCCAAUGUUAUCCGGACUGCUCUGCCAUUCCACCCUCAUCACUAACGGGGGGUGGUGAUUUUAAAUCCUCGUUUUCCUCCCGCAGUUACUGAGCUACAUUUUAAUAUAUUAAAGAUUGCCGGUGCUAUCUCCAAUGGAAAGUUGGAGCGCUACUUCCCUUUGGGGCCUCAGAGAGAAAGUAACUUCAAGCGGUCCUGGGAAGGUAGAGAACGCGGAUGUCGGGGAACGCUGGUGACCCCGCGACUGACAGGAACUGUUGGAAUAACGUGUGGUGUUGCCCGCUUACCUUAGAUCAUUCUCUCUCUGCAUGUGAUAUCCAUCUCCUGUGCAAGGUGCAGGUUAGGAAUGUGAAUGUAUUAUCCGUCUGCAAAAUACUGUGACAUUUAUAAUGGUGCCGGCCAUUUCCUCCCCCCCUUCUCUGACCAAAAGAUAUCGCUCAGGAAGAUGCAGAAACAGACCCACUUGCCCAUGCCGACAUAGAUGCCUCAACUACACUCAUUCCACUUUCCCACAUUUGGCCCAUAUCCCUCUAAUACUUUCCUAUCCAUGUACUCGUCCAAAUGUCGUCAAGGUUGUCAUAGUACCAACGCUUUAUUUUGGCGCAGAGAGUAACACCGCCACAAUUGGUUGGGAUUUCUACCUUUAACUGAUCCAACUUUAUUCUCGCCAAAUUAUCACCCCCAGCUUCCACCCCUUGCCCUACACGCAACGGGCAAUUUACUGUGGAAUUCUCUGCCUCAGAAGGCGGUGGAGGCCAAUUCUCUGCAUGCUUUCAAGAGAUAGUUAGAUA